GCUACCUUUCGCCUUGAGCUCUCGGAUGACUUGAAGAAACGCGGUAUCAACAACGCUUUCCACGCGUCGAAGCUCAAAAUCCAUGUUCCCAACGAUGAUCGCCGCUUUCCUGGUCGACAGUUGGCUCAGCUCACGGGACUUGGAGACGAGCCGAAGGAAUGGGCGGUCGAGCAAAUUCUAAGUCACAGCGGCAAGGGUAGCGAUGCACUAUUCCAGGUACGCUGGAAAUCUGGGGAC